UUAUACUUAAUACAAUAUAAUAAUAUUAUAUCAUAAUAUAUAUAUAUAUAUCCUAUGUUCAAAAUAUAACGUUACAAAUUUUUAUCUCGAAAAUACAGCAUUUCCGAGAAAAAUUGUUCAGAGAAGAGUUAUCCAAUUUCAAGGGUGAAAUAUAAUGGCACUUAUUGUUUUUUAUUUAAUGAAAGGUUUCCAGGUCAUUUCAAGGCCAACUUUGGUUUGUUCAAAUAGGAACCUACAUUUUUUAUAAGGGUAAUGUAUUCUACGAAAAAAGAUUCUACGAAAAAAGAAUUAUUGUCUGAUAUAAUUCUUCAUGGCGCAUAAGAAAAAAGGAAUUAGGUUAUAGAGUAUUAAAUAUAAUUUCAUUUAAUAUUGUAUAAAAAUAAAGAUGAUUUAUCAGAGCUCUACGUGACGUUUGUAUAAAAUUACAAUAAUAAUAAUUCUAAUAUAUUUUUGAUGACAGUCAUUAUUUAAGACAAAUCUUUAAAUAUAAAUACGAUCUUUUAUUAAAUGAAAGGCUAAAGCUUCGAAAUUGUGUCUGAAAGUCCAAAAGAACAGAAAGAAAAGAAAAGAAAAAGAAAAAAAAGAAAAGAAAGAAAGAAAGAAAGAAAGACAGACAGAAAGUAAAGAAUGGAAAAGGGGGAUCCGUUGAAAUUGAUAGCGUAGAAAAUUUUCGUAAGUUUCUUUGAUAAAAAAAAGUAAGAACGAUCCGUCAAAAAAGCUUCGUUGACGCUUAGAACGAAGAAACAAAAAAAAAAAAAAAGAAAAGAUUUGUAAAAUGAGAAGAAUGUAAGGAAAGAGGGCGAAGAUACGGGAAAAAAAGAAAAAAAAUAUGUAAACGUUAGAUCGAGAGACUGGCAACGCAGGCAUCAUCAUGAAAAUAAUAUCCGAAGAAUUUCCAUUACCUCGAGAGUACCACCCACUCGGCUCCUCUUUCUUAUAUAAAAGAGAACCCAGAACGAAAUAGAAAGGAAAGGAAAAGGAAAAGAAGACCGAAAAGAAGAGGAAGAAGAAGAAGAAGAAGAGGGAAAAAAAGGAAGAAAAAAGAAUAGUUCUAUCGACUAAGAGGUCACCGAUACGACCGCUAUCACCUUCGUCUUUUAAACUUUAACCUCUUUUCUUCUUUUUACUUUUGAUUUGUUCCUUCAUCCAUUCGUUUCAAAUACUACGUAACAAUGAAGUUGAGUAAAGUAUAAUAGUGAGUAUUAUACAGGGUGGAUAAAAAGCUUCUAACCUCGUAGUUUUGCAACUAAUGUAAAAAGAAGAAAAAAAUAAAUAAAUAAAUAAAUAAAUAAAUAAAUAAAAUGACAAAAGAUAAAACAGUCGAAAAAUUUUCGAAAAAAUUGAUUGACAUUUAAGAUCACCUAGGAACUUUUGACCUACCGUAUAUAUCGUUGUACGUUUACUCGGAAAAUUUAUGUAAAUUCGUUUAUUGGCAAUUUGGUCGAUAGCACUCGACGAAAUAUCGACAGGAAUGUCAACCAGAAUUUUUGCACGACCUCGUAUUAAAAAUGAAAGCCUACAUCUUCACACCGGGUGACUCUAUAUGCCGUAAGGGUGAAGUAGCUAGAGAAAUGUUCAUAAUAGCGGACGGUAUACUCGAGGUAAUCAGCGAAACUGGAAGAGUUCUUACAACGAUGAAAGCCGGCGACUUUUUUGGUGAAAUUGGCAUACUCAAUCUCGACGGAUUAAAUAAACGAACAGCUGACGUCCGAUCGGUUGGAUAUUCCGAAUUAUUUAGUCUAUCACGCGAGGACGUUCUAGCAGCAAUGAAGGAUUAUCCAGAAGCCCAAGAAAUUUUACAAAAUCUUGGAAGAAAACGAUUGAUGGAAGCAAAGAGAGUAGCACGUGCAUCGAGACAACCAACGUCACCUGGACACGACUCGUCGGACAACAGUACCGGUAAAAGAAUCGUGGACAAGUUAAAGAGCGAUGUGAAAGGUUGGAAGAACGUUUUAAGAAAAAGUAAACGUAAUACUAGACCAGAAGAGAGUUUAGAAUUGCAACCGUUGACAUCAAAAACACCGUCCAGUUCAACGAAGAGACAACGACACAAGGUAGAAGAUGUACAAGAUACUGCAACAACAAAUGCAAUUCAAGAACCACCUGUGUCACCUUUGGGUGCUGGUCUACCUCUUCUCUCAAUAUUAAAAUUACUCAAGGAGAAAGAAGAACGAGAGGAGAGACGUAAUCUAAUGGAGACUCAAGUUCACGUGCCUGAACAACAGCCGCCACCGGCUGAAGCACUUGUUCCAACUAAUCCUAAUUUAUCAUUCACACAAAGAGUACUCUUAUUAAAAGCUAAAAACGAACAAGAGGCACAAGCUCAAGCGGAAAAGGAAGCCACGAUGAAGGAGCCUUUAUUGUCAAAGAAUACGACUGUAACGGAAAAUGUUCAAGAAGAUUCGAAGGAGACACAACAAAAGAUUGCCGAUAAAAUAUCGAUACCAAAAGUAUCAUCUUUGGUUGAUAAACGACAGUUUCAAUCUACGAAUAAUGUUGUGGUACCAUCGAUAAUUCCAAAACCUUCACCAUCCGUCGCAACAAUCGAAAAUACACCAACGACUAACGACGUUGUUGUCUCAAAUGGUACUACCAAUGUUAAAAAACCUUGGGCUAUGCUCAAAGAUGCUUCCUUAACUACUACUACUACAACAACUUUCUUGAUGUCAUCUUCGACGAUAAAGAACAAUAUACCUCAAAGAAGUUCACCAAUUAAAAGACCGCAAACGAAACAACAACAAAGUCUUGCUCAUCUCAGGCAACAAACCAAAAUGUAUGCUUCCGUCGACGAUCUAUCGCCAGAAUAUUGCGGCCUACCGUUCGUUAAGAAGCUCAAGAUAUUGAACGAAAGGCAAAAGCUUGCUGAACUUGAGAAAGCAGUGAGAAGUUCUAGUUUAGACUGCGGUGAAAAUUCCAAUUUAACUACUUUCGAUGGGAGUCUCACUCGUAGCCAUUCUGAAGCCUGUGCUAUUGAAUAUGCAAGAAAACUUGCUAAACUCAAUCAAGUACGGGGUCUAAAAAGUCCAUCUUCACCAACGGAACCAUUAUCACCGGAAAAUGAGACACUCGAAAGGCGAGACUUAAAGAGCAUCUUGAAGAAACUCUCAGCAAGUAGUAGAACAGGUAGUUCGGAUACUUCAGCAACGAGUAUACCUGAUCGUGAAGCUGCUACUGCCGAAUUAAGACGAUUAAUGAGAGCACCAACGAUCGAAGGUUAUGCUGCCAGACAUACGAAAUUAUCGAAAAGUGUAACCUUCAAUAAAUAUACAUUACAAAGUCCACCGUCCGAGCAGAGCCCAGGAAAUUAUCCUCUCGGGGAUCAGUUGUCUGAAUCUCAGGAACAGACCUCACUGCCACCGCCCAAUAAAAUUACUUUCCGUCCUUCGGGCAGUGAGGCUAUUCUGCAAAUGGAGACUAAACAACAAGAAGAGGAAUAUCUUAGAAAAUUCGUAUCGGGUAUUAUAGAAAUCAUACAAGCACGUUUAGAGGAGGACAUUCAAAAUAAAUUCGGACGAGAAUUCGUUUCCUUGGAAUUAGAGAUUCGUAAGCGAGACGAAAUCAUUUCACAACUUCAAGGAAGGAUACAAGAAUUGGAAGAAAAUGAAAGAAGAAAAUGUGACGAAGUAAUAGCUCUUACCGGCGAUGACAGUACAAAACACGACAUUUCCCUCGAGGAAGAUUUGGACGAUGAUAACGAGGAAGAAUAUGACGACGAUAGGGAAGAUCAUCCUUUUAUGAGAGAUGGCUCGGUGGAUACUGUUUUAACAGCUCGUUCACGUGGUUAUGGACGACCUUCGCCAACGAGCGAAUCUUCGCACAACAGAAGAUCCUGGGAAGAACAUUCCGAGGAGGAAACUUUAGAAUUACAGGAAUUACCAAGAUCAAUAGUUCCACAAAGUUUGUGGAGAGACGAAGUUGCAAUAGAUUUGGAAUCCAAUAGCGAAAGUAGUAAAUCCGAAGAUGAUGAUGGUGGUUGUCAUUCUCGAACGUUACCAUCUGGUAGCGAUAGCGACGACGAAGAUACCAAAAGUGAAUGUGCCAAGGAUUGGGAAGCUAAGAUGCUUGCUGAAGAGCUCGAGGCGAGACAGAGAAGUAGCGAAAAUGAUAGCCCAGGUUCCUAGCGCAUUAACGAGGUCCUAGAAGUAUUCUGUUAUUUAACGAAUACAAUGCGCACCGACAAUUGGAGAAGUGCAGCAGCUGGUAGUGGAGCUUUUUGUGAAAACGAUUGCCCUUACUUGCAAUUAGACUUUAAUAGUUUGACUAGUCGUAGAGAGACUAUGAUGUAGUUCUCCUUGAUCGAGUUCAAGAUUGAGAUUAAUGCGUAUAUGAAAAGAGAGAAAGAGAAAAAGAGAGAGGGGGGAGGGGGGGAAUUGCAGGAUAGUCGCUCGUUUUCUACAGAAAGGAUUCUAAUUUCUAAUGUGAAUCCAAAUGUACGUACAAUUUUCGUGAACACACAAUGCCUUUUACUUUUCUAUCUUCGAAUCCUGAAUUUAAAAGUGUUAAUUUUUAAUGUAAAGUUUUCUUUUCCUUUUCUUUUUUUUUCUUUUUUUUUCUUUUUUUUUUUUUUUUUUUUUUUUUUUUAAUUCAUCAUAAAACGUCUCUUCUUCUUUUUAUUUCGAUUAAAGACUCAUUUUGAAAUCCUUCUCUUGCAAAUUCGAAUAGUCACUUUCAAAUAUAUUACACGUAGCGAUUAUCGAAUGAUCAAACAAAAUUAUUCUCGGCUAAGGAUUACCUCAAAUCGUCGCUCGUCAUUUCGGUAAGUCUUUAAAAUACUCGUCGCGUCGAUCUCAUUGUUCUAUUAAUUCAUUAUUAUUAAUUUCAUUUAAAAAAAAAAGGUGUAUUAAUAUUGUUUGAAAAAAAAAAAAAAAAAAAAAAAAAAAAAAAAAAAAUACUUUCUUGCGUUUUUUACAUUUGGGAUAAUAAUCGACAAAGUUUUCCAUAUUUAUCGAAUGAAACAGAAGUUAUUGUUGAUACGAUUUAUCGAGUUACAGUAAAAUACACGAUAAAGUUGCGAUGAAUUAUCUCAUGUAAAGAUAUUUAAAAAAAAAAAAAAAAAAAAGAAAAAAAGGAAAAAAAAAAGGAAAAAAAAAGAAAAAAAAUACAAAUUACACAUAAAGUUUUUAAGAUACUUAUGUCAAUUUUUACGUUUAUAUAAUGCCAAAUGAUUUAUUUAUAUCCUUUGUUCUCGUUCACGAUUAACUUUUUAAAAGCUGCACCACAAAUGAUUAGACGUGUUUGAUAAAUACGAUGCAAAGUUUCAAAUGAUUAAAAAAAAAAAAAAAAAAAAAAAAAAAAAAAAAGUAUGCGUUUAUGUGUAUCCAUAAUAUAUACACAUUAUACGUGAUUCAAAAGCAAAAUGACAAAUAUAUUAAGUAUAUCAACCAGACCAAGCUCAAUAUUUCUAGAUUCUUUACAAAAUACAUCUCUAUUAAGUGACAAAGGACUAUUAAGUAAGAGAAAGAAACUAUUAAGAUAUUGUAAAUAUUAGCCUAUAAUUUAUUUAUCUAUGAAUGAGAGAAGAAGAGCGAAUGUACGAGUAGGAUAAUAAAACGAAAAAAAAAAAAGAAAAAAUAACACAGAAAUAAAAGAAAUACAAGGAUAUGAGCGCCUUUGUGUGAAAGUGAACGUUAAAUUCAGUGGAUUGUGAAUGAGCAUUUUAGAUGCUGUCAUGUACCUAUUACGAGGACGAAAGGAAUAUACAAUAAAGCAAACAACGUUUUCAAGUCUUGGAAUUUUUACAUUACCUAAAAAUAUAAUUACACAUAAAAUUGAUAAUUAAAAAGAUUAAUAAGACUCAAUAACUAUAAUAAAGUCAAGUAAUUCAGUAAUAUUUAUAAAGAUAUAUAAGAUAAAAUUGUGUAGUUUCUCGUUUAGUGUUUCAAAAAAAAAAAAAAAAAAAAAAAAAUGAAACUUGCCUCCAUUAAUUCACCACGUGAUCAAUACGUUUCAAUAAACUCCGCUAGAGAGCACCGUCUGUAUGUCCAACCUAAGUGACGUUUCGUUUGACACGUCGGCACACGCGCUACACUUGCAACGUUUCUGCGCAUGCGUCGAAUUCGACUAUAACAGAAGGACACUUAAUUUUGUACAAAUAACGUCUCUGUGUCAAUCAAUUAUUUUGUAUUUAAAAAAAUAUUCAAAAAUGUCAGGAAAAUCAAAAGCAUUUACUAAAGAGGAAGAACUUCUACUUCAGGAUUUUUCCAGAAACGUUUCUACCAAAUCUUCUGCAUUAUUUUAUGGUAAUGCUCUUAUCGUCUCUGCGAUCCCUAUUUGGCUAUUUUGGAGGAUUCAUAUGAUUGAUCUAUAUACUAAUUUGAUAUCUUUCGUUUUGGUCACUUUAAUAAGCACAUAUACUCUUGCUCUUGCAUAUAAGAAUACAAAGUUUAUUCUCAAGCACAAGAUCGCAGUAAAGAGAGAAGAUGCAGUUACUAAAGAGAUGAAUCGCAAACUUGCAGAGGAUAAGAAAAUGAGUAAAAAAGAAAAGGAUGAAAGGAUUUUGUGGAAGAAAAAUGAAGUAGCUGAUUAUGAAGCGACGACCUUCUCUAUCUUCUACAACAAUGCUUUGUUCCUUGCAUUCGUCAUAGUAUCAUCAUUUUACAUAUUAAGAGCAUUCUCUCCAGCAGUAAAUUAUAUACUUUCUGUGGGUGCUACCAGUGCAUUGUUAGCAUUGUUAUCUACAGGUUCUCAAUAAUAAUAACAAUUCAAUGAU